UCGCAGUUAUAUAGACCCGGCGACGGAGCACGCGUGUGUGCGGGCGCAGUUGCGUGAGGGUGUUUUUCCUUCCUCCGAGCUGUGGAGCAAAGCUUGUUCCUUUCCCGCUCAGCCGCACAGCAGACUCGGAGGCCCAGAGAUGGAGUGACAUGGUCAAAGGCAUGCAGACGGUUGAAUCGACCAAAGCAAUGGUUAUGGAGAAGCCUAGUCCCCUGCUGGUUGGGCGGGAGUUCGUGCGGCAGUACUACACGCUGCUGAACCAGGCCCCAGACAUGCUGCACAGAUUUUAUGGAAAGAACUCUUCAUAUGUCCACGGGGGACUGGACUCGAAUGGCAAGCCCGCAGACGCAGUCUACGGACAGAAGGAAAUCCAUAGGAAAGUGAUGUCCCAGAACUUCACCAACUGCCACACUAAGAUCCGCCACGUUGAUGCCCAUGCCACUCUGAAUGACGGCGUGGUGGUCCAGGUGAUGGGGUUGCUCUCCAAUAACAACCAGGCUUUGAGGAGAUUCAUGCAGACAUUUGUCCUUGCUCCUGAGGGCUCUGUUGCAAAUAAGUUCUACGUUCACAACGAUAUCUUCAGGUACCAAGAUGAGGUCUUUGGUGGCUUUGUCACUGAGCCUCAAGAGGAGUCUGAGGAAGAAGUAGAGGAACCUGAAGAAAGACAGCAGACGCCUGAGGUGGCACCUGAUGAUCCUGGAACUUUCUACGAUCAGCCUGUUGGCAAUGAUUUGGAAGAACAUUUAGAGGAACCUGUUGCUGAACCAGAGCCUGAUCCUGAACCGGAGCCGGAGCAAGAGCCAGCGUCUGAGAUCCAGGAGGAAAAGUGUGAGCCUGCGUUGGAAGAGACGGCUCCCGAGGAUGUGCAGAAGAGCGCGUCUCCGGCGCCUGCGGACAUCACCCAGGCGGCGCAGGAAGACUUGAGGACAUUUUCCUGGGCAUCUGUGACCAGCAAGAACCUUCCACCCAGUGGAGCCGUCCCAGUUACUGGGAUUCCACCUCAUGUUGUUAAAGUCCCAGCUUCCCAGCCUCGCCCGGAGUCCAAGCCUGAAUCUCAGGUUCCACCGCAGAGGCCUCAGAGGGAUCAAAGGGUUCGAGAACAGCGGAUAAAUAUUCCUCCCCAGAGGGGACCUAGACCAGUCCGUGAGGCUGGUGAGCAAGGUGAUGUCGAACCCCGGAGAACUGUGAGACACCCUGACAGCCACCAGCUCUUCAUUGGCAAUCUGCCUCAUGAUGUGGAUAAGUCAGAGCUUAAGGAUUUCUUUCAAAGCUACGGGAAUGUGGUGGAGCUGCGCAUUAACAGUGGUGGGAAACUACCCAAUUUCGGGUUCGUUGUGUUUGAUGAUUCUGAGCCUGUUCAGAAGGUCCUUAGCAACAGGCCCAUCAUGUUCAGAGGUGAGGUCCGUCUGAAUGUGGAAGAGAAGAAGACUCGAGCUGCCCGGGAAGGGGACCGGCGUGAUAACCGCCUGCGGGGACCCGGAGGCCCUCGAGGUGGGCUGGGUGGUACGAUGAGAGGCCCUCCCCGGGGAGGCCUGGUGCAGAAGCCAGGAUUCGGAGUCGGAAGGGCGGUCGCUCCCAGGCAGUGAAUCGCUCUUCGCCGAUGGUCACGAACGCCCGCUCCUGCAGAAUGGUGAAUUUCCUCAACCACCCUUCGGUAUCUUGCAGUAUGACCCCGGUCUCUUAUAAACUGCUUCAGUUUGUACAAUUUUACUUUUUGUGUUAAUGGUGUGUGUCCCCUCCCUUCCCUUCCCCUCUCCUCACCUUUCAGUCCUUCACUUCCAAUUUUGUGGAAUGAUAUUUUAGGAAAAAUGGAUUUUAAAAGAAGAAAAAAAAAAGACUGAAUUUCCUUGCUUUACUUUGCAUAUAUAGACUGGAUUUUUAUUUUCAAUAGCCAUUUCCCCAAAGUAAUGUGUCUUGCUUAUUACUGACAUUUGGUAUGUUUUAUUCAUUGGGAUAUUUCUUAUUUUCUACAUGUUUCAAAGCCUUUGAGAAAUACAAGAUUUGAUAAACAUUUUGAAGGCAGGAAAAACUGAAAUUGUUUCUUAUUAGGAGAGUCGUGACUGCCUUUCGAUGUGGAGAAACUGCCACUGGAAAAACUGACAAUUUUGAUUGUCUCUGGUGUGGUUAAAAACAAUAAAAGGGGUUAGUGAAUUUUUCUUCUUUUAAUAUAAGAUCACAGAACGAUUCACCACUGUUGAUAAAUUGAGAUAGGUUUUAAAUGUCUAGAAUGCAAAUGUGAUAACACUUUUCUUGAAUUGUUAGGUUUUUUGAAGUAGAGUUUUUCCUCAUGUUUAAUUUGUAUCUGUAAAAACAAACAAAAUACCAAAACCAGAAACCGAAUAACACAAAACUAGAGCAAAACUCUUGUGCCUUCUAUUUAUCAUUGGUUCCAGCCUUGGCAGUUGUUUUAAAGAAGAAGAAUUUAAAAUGCUUAGAGUUCUUCCCCCCACCCCAGGUUCAGAGUGUGCUGGGGAUUGUGGAACCCCUCUUUUCACUCUGUAUGUCUUCUGUUCAUCUGUUAUGCCUUAUUCUGAAAUUGAGUCUCAAACUGGAAUGCCUUUGAGGAUAGAUUCUUCUAUAGAGGUCCUUUGACUUAAAUAGGUUUGCCUUUUAUUUUGGCAUCUUCAGAAUUCUAAUCAGCCCAUAAGAAAGAAUGUGACUUUAAUAUUGGACUUUGCUGAUGUGCUUGAGUGUCUGCUAGGCGGUUUCCGUUAAAUCAUAGCCAUAUGGUAAAUUUUCUAUUUUGUUAAUGGUUCUCUUUUAUUGAUGGGCAUGCAGUGGGUGCUUUUUGGAAAUGGCCAAUUUUUAUUAAAAUAUUUCUGGCAGAAAUUUUAAUCCGGCAAUGUAGAGUAAUGCUCGUUGUACACAGUGUGUUGUUUGUGGAGUGCUGAGUGUGAGGCGGGUGGAGGUUUCGCUCACACACUUGUGAAGCAAGCCUUCGUGUGAUAGCUCGUCAUUACUAAUGGAAGGGCAACGAGGUUGUCAGAUUUAACUUAUUUAUUUUCUUUUUCACAGUGUUCAUCUUUAGGGCUCUUGUUUGAGGGUAGCGUGAGUAGGCAUAGGAAUGUUUGUCUCUCUGUUACUGGGAAACUAGGUUUGCUGAAGGGUGUAGUCUUAAAAUGAAAUUCAAUGUUAUCAGUUAGUCCUCAGUACCGCAGAUAUUUGAAAGUUGGCAGCAUCUCCUUCAUGUAAAGAAACUUUAUAUAACUGAGUCACAUGGCUGUUUGGGGGGUCACUUUAAACUGUUAUUUGGUAACCACUCAAUUUGGCCCAGGCCAGUGAUAAUUAGAAGAAAUUUCAGCUUGUACUUCUGUAGCUUAUAUUAAGCUUGAGGUGGAAAGAAAAAAUACUUAGCCUGAGUUAUUUUUUGCAGUAAAUAUAAGGUCAUAUUAUGGAUAGCCUAGAAAUAAUUUUUCACAAUUGAGUACUGAAGCAUACUUUUCAGAAUAAGAGUUCUUCCUACUAAGAGGUUUAGAGGCACUAACCAGAUGCAGUGGUGCUCUGUUUGGGGCGGUUAUAUCCUGGAGGAUGUUUGGAAAUGUGUGAGCUUAUGGGGUGUGUGGAGGGGGACACUGCAGUUGUCAUUCAGUGGGUGGGGCCAGCGAUGCCACAUGUUCUGUAAAAAUGAAUGGGCUACAUGAAAACCCAGAUAGUCCUCCUCCUGCGAUGCGUGGUGGGCCGGGCGGUGGGGUAGUGCUACAGCUGGAGUCGGAGACUCAUGCUUUGAAAAUAAAGAUAAAUGAAUUAGAAAAUAGAUAUCUCUUCAGGAAUUAUGGUAACAUCUCCUGUAAGUAAUCUCAUUUUCCUUCAUUGGUACCAACUGUGUGGUUUUUAAAAAUUUUGUAAUAGAACUACAAUAAAAUACUUAAUGAAAGUGUUUUGGAUGGGUAGCAGCAGUAUGCCAGAUGCUGCUUGUAAUUUGUUGCAGGGAGUUAUCACGUGAUCUCAGAAAACAAAUUUGCUUCAGUAAUUUCAACUGAGUAGAAUGUGGGUGAUUGUGGAGUUUUGACUAGUAUUGGACUUUUAUGAAUGUGAAUUGGCAUUAUGGCUAACACUUAAAAACACUGACAUCCUCGCUCACGGUCAUGCUGAUGGAAUAAACAUGGUACCAUGGAGAUACAUGUGUUCACACAGGUAGAAAGUAAAAGUGAAAUAGGUCAGGGUGAGAUUUUUCUGUGCGCAGCAUCCGCUCAUCACAUUCAACCUUUCAGAUUUUAAAAUACAAUUUUUCAUCUGUAAGAAUGGCCCAGAGUAUGGUUCUGUUCUACUGAGCUUAACGGCCUUCACCAGUUUACUUACAUUGCAUCUUACUGGGCAGGUUUGGUUUGGCUCAGUGUGCAUCUUAGUCUUUUAAGACCUGUUGAAAAUGAAUACAUCUUGAGACAUAAAAAAAUACUUUUGUUUGCUUUUAUGUUUAGGUUGGGUUUUACUUGUGUUCUCAACUUUUUGAGCUAUUGCUGGGAACAGUGAAAUGGAUAAUCCAAAAAAAAUUAUUUGACUUUGAGUAGGUUACUGCCACAGUGUUAGUUGAAUUGCACUUGAGUUUUAGGUUGGAAAAUUAAUUUUCAUGACUCUGUGAGUUAGGGAGUUUUCCCCAAAGUAAUAGAAAAGAAGAAGCAGUAUCAGAGCAGUUACAUGACUAGGUCUCCAAGCCAUCCCUGCAGCGAGGAGCAGAUUGGCCUCCCAAUUGGAUGCUUUUUCUCUAGAACAAAAAGGCCUUCCUGUUUCCAUUUGAAUGACAUUGAGAUAAUAGGACAUGACCAUGAAAUUGCUACAGUAAAGAGACCAGAGUCUAUAAAAUAUUCUUAACCAGGAUCGUUAGCACUUUUGUUCUCCAUUUCCUUUAGUGGUACAGCAAACAUUGAUUUUAUUUUUUUAAUAGGACUUUUUUUGACUUGCAGACUGUUUGGUAACACCCUAAUAAUGACUUUGUUCUUAGAUUAUUUUCUUACCUGCUUUAAUUAAUAAUACAUUUAGUAUAAUCUUGAAAUCCGAUGUGGAUGAUAACUAUUUUUUAUUAGAACGUAAUCUAGGCGAGUUGAUAGUAGUUGUGCUUCAUGCUUGGAAUUGCCGUCCUCUGGUCCUUUUCCUUCAGCCUUUUCUUUGUUAUCAAGUUUAUUUGAAAACCCUUCAUGGUUUUAAUGAGUUAGUGGGAAUUGAGGCACUUUAUAGAAAACAUUUGUUAGAAUCUAUAUGGAAAUGAUCUUUCUAUGACGUUUAAAUUUGUAGACCAUUGUUUAUGCUGAGCGGCCUAUUUCUUUUAUGUAAAUGGUUGCAUUUGUCAAAUCUACUGAUCUAAAGAUGUCUUUUAUAUUGAAGUUUUAUUUUUUUUUGUUACUUAGAAUCUCUGUAGGAGCUGCAUACAAAUGACUUUUAGUUCAGCAGUUUUGAACCUUGUAAAAGAAGCGACUUCAACAUUUAUUUGAAUAUGAGGUCCUAGCUAACUGCCUAGUAUACCAAAAAUGGGCAUUGGACACUUAAGGUAGUCUUCCACAAAUGUUUUAGAAAUCUUAAGGAAUAUAUUAGCAACUUAGCAAUGUCUUGUGUGGGAUGAAGUUGUAGAUUAAAGUUGCUGAUCAAGUAAUUGGCCAUGUGGUUCUAGAUAAUUACGGAAGGAUUGCCAGUUGUAAGGUAGGAAUACAUUUUGGGAUUCGUAUUUGUGUGCUGUGAUGUAAAAGUUCUGGGGACCAUAGGCAGGCUCGUGAAACUCUUACUAGAUUAAAGGAAAAAUGGUGGCAUAUGUGAGAUACAACUUUCAUUUACAUUCUUUCUAGUGAAUCUGUACCUAGCUCAGGAUAAUGCUGAAAUUAGCCUGCUUUGUUCAUGCUUCCAAUGAAAUAGCCUCUCAUCACGGCCUGAAUUGAAUGAAGAGUUGAUUGGAGAUGGCCUAAAGCCACUGCCCUGCUUCAGUUUUGAUUUUUGCUAAUGUACAUGGCUUAGAAUCAAGGUUGUUUGCCUUUUGAUUAUGUGGCUUGUUUUGAAAACCUUGGACAGUUUGCCUUCCUCUGAUUUUCACUUGAACUUGGUAGUUGGUUUGUUUUGUUUUGCUUUUGUUUUUUAACAAUAGUCCCUGUGAGAUGAAAAUAAUGUUAGGAGUCAGUUCCACUGUUAACUUCCAUAACACGUGACCUGGCCAGCUCCAUAAAUCCAUGCGUGUUUAGUACUUUGAAGUGUGGCCAGCGUCACAGAUUCCCUGAGGAACUGGUGUCUAUUUAGUAUGUCUUAUUUUCUUAAAAAAAAAAAGAAAAAGAAAAAAGAAAUUAAGGG